GGAGUAUCAGUUAUGGUAGUGUAAAGAUUUCAUGCCCGUAUGCCACAAAGGUAAAAGGAUACAAGAAAAAUCCAAACUUAUAUUACAUUCAAAUUGAAUUAGAUAAACGCAACGAUCCAUUACAAGAACAAAUUGUGCUAUAUAUAUAAGAAGCUCAACAAUCCAUUUCCCUCUGAUGGCACAACAAUGCAACAACAAAAUGUGAAAGAGAACGACAAGAGAAUAAUACAAGAGAACCAGUCAUUUUUUAUGGUUCUACACACUUCACAAUUCAACAAUGAGGAUCUUUUUAUUAAACAAAUUAGUAGCCCCAUAUACUUGUUGCUUAACUCUUCUCUUCUCGGAGCAUUCACAUUAUUUUAACCAUCACAUACUUGUCAAGGUGGAGAGACUGGUAGAGUUACGUGUGCUUAGUAUUGUGUUGGUGGUGGUGGAGAAGCAUAAAUAUACACGGGUGGAGGAGACUUCAACGGUGGUGGGGGCGAGGUGUAGUGGUAUGGUGGAGGAGGAGAUGAAGAUGGUGGUGGUGGGGAUUUGUAGUGAUAAGGCGGAGGGGGGGACGGUGAAGGUGGUGGUGGGGAUUUGUAGUAAUAAGGUGGUGGAGGAGAUGGUGAAGGCGGGGGUGGGGACUUGUAGUAGUAAGGUGGAGGAGGUGAUGGGGAUGGAGGAGGUGGAGACUUGUAAUAAUAUGGCGGAGGAGGUGAAGGUGAAGGAGGAGGAGGUGACUUAUAAUAAUAAGGUGGAGGAGGUGAUGGUGGUGGUGGUGGUGGAGAUUUAUAGUAAUAAGGUGGUGGUGGAGAUGGUGAUGGAGGUGGUGGGGACUUAUAAUAAUAAGGUGGAGGAGGAGAUGGGGACGGUGGAGGCGGGGACUUGUAGUAAUAUGGUGGAGGAGGUGAAGGUGAUGGAGGAGGAGGUGACUUAUAGUAGUAAGGGGAUGGGGAUGGUGGGGUUGGUGACUUGUAAUAAUAAGGUGGAGGAGGUGAUGGAGAUGGUGGAGGCGGAGACUUGUAAUAGUAGGGCGGAGGAGGUGAUGGAGAUGGUGGUGGUGGAGACUUGUAAUAGUAUGGUGGAGGAGGUGAUGGGGAUGGUGGAGGUGGAGAUUGAUAAUAGUAAGGUGGUGGAGGUGAUGGCGACGGGGGAGGAGGAGAUUUGUAAUAGUAAGGCGGAGGUGGUGAUGGCGAAGGGGGAGGAGGAGAUUUGUAGUAAUAAGGCGGAGGUGGUGAUGGCGAAGGAGGAGGAGGGGAUUUGUAGUAGUAAGGCGGUGGAGGAGAUGGAGACGGCGGAGGAGGAGACUU